UGUGACUUCCUUUUUAACUAACAUACAGCGAGUCUAUUCUAGAACAGCAGACCUCACCAAAGGAAAUCUCUUCUCCAUCUUCUUUACUCUCUCUCUCUCUUCUCUGUGUGUUUUCACGAGUCUAGCUAGCUACCAGUCAGUCACUUAGAGAUAGGUAGGACGUUCAGCCAGAGGAAACAAACAUACAACGCCUGCCAGAGAUGUCUGGUGGUACCCUCUCCUCCUUCUCCAAACAGGGAAUACUCCUACUCUCUAUACUCCACUAUGGUGUGGGUAUUUCUCUGUUCAACAAAGCAGUGGGGGACUCUGUGGAGCUGCCCUCAGGCUUAGAACGGGAAUGUAUCAAGUCAAUGGAGUGGAAGUAUAGAAAAAUGGUCAUUGCAGAAUUUGAUGGGAACGUUUCCUUACCAAGAUCACAGUUUAAGGGGAGGCUAGAGAUGAACGACAGUAACUUCAGUUUAACAAUCCAAGAACUGACACUGCAAGACUCAGGGGAAUUUCUAAUUUCUGCCGCGUCAAACAAAGGACGCCAGAUUCCAACCAAGACCAUACAUCUUCAAGUCCAUGAGCCUAUAUCCAAGGUGGAGAUCCAGAAGGAGAUCAAGCUAUUGGCCAACCAGUCCUGUUCAGUGUGGCUGCUGUGCAACGUGUCAGUCGGCUCCAACCUCUCCUACACCUGGGAGAGAGGGAAUGAGACGUACAGGGACGACCAGCAGAUACACUUCUCUCUGUCACCAGCAGACGGAGACAUCAGUGUAACCUGCAACGGCUCCAACCCAGUCAGUGAGAAAUCUUCCUCGGCAACUGUAAAGUGUAGUAAUGACACAACCACCCCAGAGUAUGAUACAUGGAUGAAGUGGUGUAGGAUCUACAUCGUGGUCCCAGUAGGCGGCGCAGUGGUGUUGAUUGUAGCUGUGGCAGUGUAUUACUGCAGGGGGCGCUGUAACACGGCAGCUCUGACUGACGACACAAGAAUGAAAGAUACAAGAUCAAACAGUCAGGUAAUGUCCAUCUAUGAGAACGUAGAUGAUCUGGCUGUCCCAAGACUGAACACGUUGCAGACUCUGUAUGACAAGAUCACAUUUGGACGCCAGCCAGAAACCCCCUGUUCUUCCUACCAGGAAGUACUGUGAGCUGAAUAGGAUGUGGUCAUAAGCUGGGCUUCUAUAGAUAUAGAACCCUCUGCAUCCUCUGAAUCCUACAUGUGUACCUUCUGUACAUAGAUGUUAAUGUUUCAUUUCAUCACUACCAGCACAUUUCUGUUUUUAUUUUCUUACUUGUUCAGAACUCCAAUCCUUGUCUGUUCAUGAUCAUUGUGUGGUACAACUUGUUAUUUUCAAGAUAUUCAGAGUUCCAUAACUUUUUGUUAGGUUCUAUUGCAUUCUAUUGUUGCAUUAACUGUUUAUAUUUGUGUAAUAACGACUAAUGGCAAUUCAAGUCUUUUAUCUUGACUCUUGUAGAGUCUUUUGGACUCUACAAGAGUUGAAAACAAGUUAUUUGUAUUUCUAUGUAUUGUAGUUUAGAUGUGUCUAUUGUACAGUAAAACGUUUUACAUUCCACAGACAUGCUUUGUAGAAAUUACAUAGGCCACAUUCACAUCAAUUCAGCAUAUGCUCACAAGCUAUCUUUUGUUGUUGUGUGAAAUCAGAUAUUGAAUAGACCUUAAUACAAUAAUACCAUCUUUACAUAUUGAGAAAAAGGAGAGAACAUCCUAAUAAAUAUAACUAUUUGUAGCAAUCAUAA